GCUUUCUCAGAACAGAAAAAAAGUUGAAUUCUCUCUCUCUCUUUGAUUUGCAUUUGUAAUAAACCUUAACAAAAUAAUAAAUUAAAUUCUCCGAUCACAAAAAGAUUCAACUUUCAAUAACGCCAAAUCCUUCUAUUUUAAUUUAAUUCCAAAACCCCCAAUUUUGCGUACUCCUUUCUGCAAGAUCUUCAAUUCUCACCGGAAAUUAGAUCUGCACGACAACUGUUUGAUAAUAUGGUCAUGUGAGAGUUCUAAUCUCGAAGGAGAAAUUUUUAAUGGCGACAGCAACAAUGGCUACAGCUGCAGGAGCAGCAAUGCUUUUAUAUUAUGUAUUAAGUAAAAGAUUAUCACCUAAAGAUGAUGAAGAGGAUGAUAAUAAUGAUCAUCAUGGAGAUUUAUCAAAAUUAAAUAGGUCUGUUAGGAGGAAGAUAUUAAGAAGACCUGCACAAGCACCUGCUACUUGGUUUGAAACUAUGGGAACGUUAUCUGAAACACUUAGGUUUACUUAUUCUGAAACCCUAGGAAAAUGGCCUAUUGGGGAUUUAGCUUUUGGUAUAAAUUAUCUCAUGAGACGUCAGGGUAAUUUGCAUGUUGCAAGUGUUUAUGCUGGGAGUAGUUCUGUUCAGCUUAAAGGUCCUGAGAUUAUAGCGGAGUUGGUGUAUUUUCUGAGGCUGUUGACUCUUUGCAUGCUUUUCUCGAAGAAGCCUUUCCCAGUGUUUUUAGAAUCUGGGGGGUAUUCUCAAGAGGAUGUUCUCCUUCAAGAGCCUAAAGCAGGGCUUUUGAAGCCUGCUUUCACGAUUUUGUGUGAUAGAAGUUCAAGAGUUUUCCUCUUAUUGAUUCGGGGGACUCAUAGUAUUAAAGACACGCUUACAGCGGUAACUGGGGCUGUAGUCCCAUUUCAUCAUUCAGUUAUACAUGAAGGUGGUAUUAGUAAUUUAGUUUUAGGGUAUGCACAUUGUGGGAUGGUUGCUGCAGCUCGGUGGAUUGCAAAACUCAGUACCCCAAUCCUUUUAAAGGCACUUGACGAACAUCCAGAUUACAAAAUUAAGGUUGUUGGGCAUUCAUUGGGUGGAGGUACUGCUGCACUCCUGACAUAUAUUCUUCGAGAACGAAAGGAGUUCUCUUCGAGCACCUGUGUAACAUUUGCUCCUGCUGCUUGUAUGACAUGGGAUUUAGCAGAAUCAGGCAAACACUUCAUUACUACUAUUGUCAAUGGCUCUGACCUGGUUCCCACUUUUUCAACUGCUUCCAUCGAUGAUCUUCGUUCAGAGGUCACAGCAUCAUCUUGGUUAAAUGACCUGCGAGAUCAAGUUGAGCAGACGAGAAUCUUGAAUGUUGUUUAUCGUUCGGCUUCUGCUCUUGGAUCUCGUCUACCAUCUAUAGCUACAGCAAAGGCAAGGGUUGCUGGUGCAGGUGCUCUUCUGCGACCAGUUUCCAGCAGUACUCAGAUUGUAAUGAAGAGGGCACAGAAUGUUGCUCAGGCAGUUGUCAGGACCCGUUCAUCUUUCUCAGCAUGGUCUUGCAUGGGUGCCCGUCGCCGUAGUGUGGGUCCAUUUUCAAAUGUUAAUGAUGAAGCUGACAAGCCUGAUCAAGCCUCUCAAUUAACAUCUCGUAAUCGAACCUCUGUUGACACUCAAGGGACCAUGUCGGUUGGAGAUUCAGAGGUAGAUGAACUAGGUUAUGGCUGCUCGAGAGGUGUUCCAAGGCACAGUGAUACAGAGGAAGAAGGGGAACUAAUCUCGGUUGAUCACGUCAGUACGUCAGCAGUUGAAGACAUGACUGCAGGUGAAUUGUGGUAUGAACUAGAGAAAGAGCUUCAAAGGCAAGGGGGUGAAGAUGAAGUCAAUGUUCAGGAAGUUCGGGAAGAAGAAGAAGCUGCUGCCAAAGAAAUUACUGAAGAGGAAAAUACUCUGCUAGGCAAUGUAGGAGUGGUAGAAACUAAAACAUCUGGCGCCUCAGCCUUCGAUGCUUCGUCAGAGGUCCAGCCAUUUUACCCUCCUGGUCGUAUAAUGCAUAUCGUCUCUGUACCAGUUGAGACGAGGAGAAACUCCACCUCGUCCUCCUCUUCUUCUGAUGAGGAUGAUGAUGAUAAUAACCCAAUCACCGCCAAUAUUGAAGAACGUGUUGGCAUUUAUGAAACACCUCGACAACUGUAUAGCAAGCUUCGACUUUCAAGAACUAUGAUUAAUGAUCAUUUUAUGCCAAUGUAUAGGAAAAUGAUGGAACAGUUGAUUAGUGAACUAGAAAAGGAUGAAGAUUACUGUACACAUACAAUGUGAAAAGAAAAAAAAAAGAAACAUAGUUACUAAUUUACAAGUAUAAUAAUAGAUAGUAUAUAAAUAUUAUCAUGUA